ACUCUGCCCACCUCACAGCCUCGCACAUGUCGCUUCUCCCUGCUGCUUCCUCUCCUCACCACGGCUCGCCCUCGGCAUCCUCUCCCCACCACGGCUCGCCCCGCAGCCUCCACCUCCGAUACGACCUUGCGCUGCCACCAACGCUUCCGGUCUCCCCUGUAUCGACACUGCCGCCGGUGUCCAACCUCAGCGACGACGCCAGCCUGCCCGACGCAGCUCCUGGCCGCGGCGGCCUAGAACGCCGAGGUAUAGAAGCCUGCUCCGGCUGCCAAGCUGCCGCCCAACCUGCUCUGGGGGUUCCAUAUGAUACAAGACUCAAAGGUCUAGAUGAUGACAGAGGAACCAAAGGUCUAACACAGGAUGCUUCAAAGUCUCAUUUUAAAAGGUCAACAGCUUUCCCAAGCGCAGCCGCCGUCAGGCCUCAACCUUCCCCGCGCGCUUCCAGGCCCAGCUCGCAAGACCAGCACCGCCGGCCUCCAUAUCCUUCGCCGGCGCCGGCCCCCAUCUCUCCUCCGUGCGGCACAGGUGGUGGCACACGUUGAAGAGACGGCGCGCCCGGAGCUCCCCGCCACAUUGGCAUACCACCACCGCUGCGCUUCCUCUGGCUACCAGCGCCCCCGCCCACCUGCGUAGCUCGCAAGACCAGCGCCGACUCCCACCUCCGCUGCUGCCUCUGCUGGUACUCCUCCUGUGAAAUUACUUUCAGUUGAGGAAGAAACAGAGGAAGGCAGAAACAAUAGUGUGGAUCAGCAGUGAAAGGCAAAAGGGAGAAAGUAAUAGUGUGGAUCAGUGAAAUCAUUCAGUUCUUUACUCCUCCUGUGAAAUCGAGCAGUUGAUUAACAAUAGUGUGGAUCAGCAAUAGUGUGUUUAAAAUUGAUCUGGAAAGGCAGAAAGCAUUUGUACUCCAUACUGAACACUUGAUCCAUUGUUGAUCAAGUUCACAGCCUUCAUACUGAACACUUGAUCCAUGGUUGUAAAUCUGCUAGCGUAUGAAGAUACAGAAUUAUUCUGGAGUACAGUAGAAACUGCGAUUAUAAUUUUUUGGCAAAGUACUAUCUUCUCUGCAUGUAAUUAUUUGGCAAAGAAGAUACUGAUUUAUAUGGAGUACAGUAGCUUACUAUGAGUUUUGAAUAAUUGUGAGGAAAAUUCAAUUA